AUGGAUGGAAAGUGAAACCUCCAUCGGCGGUUUCUCGUUGUUUCUGAAACCAAAUCUCUCUCUCUCUCUGGAUCUCACUGCCUGAGAAUGUUUCCGAUCUGUAGGUUACUGAUUUCAGUUACGUUAUUGCUACCGAUCUCGAUAUUCUCUUUGCCGGAAUGUAAUUUUCCGGCUAUAUUUAACUUCGGUGAUUCAAAUUCCGAUACUGGUGGUUUAUCGGCGAUGUUCGGACAAGCUCCUCCACCUAACGGCGAAACUUUCUUCCAUUCUCCUGCCGGACGCUACUGUGAUGGACGUCUUUUAAUCGAUUUCAUAGCUGAAGGUUCAGGAUUACCUUAUCUUAGUCCAUUUUUGGACUCAAUGGGUACAAAUUUUAGCCAUGGUGCCAAUUAUGCGACCGCCGGAUCAACAAUCCGGCGUCAAAACACUUCUAUUUUCCAAAGCGGGUAUAGCCCGAUUGCCUUGGACAUUCAAUAUGCCGAAUUCUCCGAUUUUUUUAAAAGAUCCCAAAUAAUCCGUCAAAAAGAAGACGUAUUUAAGAACUUAUUCCCGGAAAAGAGCAAGUUUUCCAGCGCGUUGUACACGUUCGAUAUAGGCCAAAAUGAUCUCACCGCUGGGUACAAACUUAAUAUGACUACCGAACAAGUAGAAGCAUUUGUUCCCGAUGUUAUAUCACAGUUUACGACUACUAUCAAGAACGUGUACGAUCGAGGUGGGAGAACGUUUUGGAUACAUAACACAGGGCCGGUUGGUUGCUUACCGUAUAUCUUGGAUACCCACUUGAUCACGGCGGCACAGGUGGAUGAAAUUGGUUGUGCCACCCCAUUUAAUGAAGUCUCACAAUAUUUUAACAACAAACUCAAGGAAGCAGUAAUCGAACUCCGGAAAGAACUCCAUUUGGCCGCUAUCACCUAUGUUGAUAUCUAUUCAGUCAAGUAUUCACUCAUUGGUAAAGCAAAAAAGCUCGGAUUUGAUGAUCCGUUCUUGGUGUGUUGUGGGCACGGAGGAAAGUAUAACUUCAACAAUGCGAAGAGGUGUGGAAGCACGGAAAUGGUGGACGGUAAAGAAAUCUUGAUUGCGGAUUCGUGUGAAGAUCCAUCGUCACGGAUCCUUUGGGACGGAAUUCACUUUUCCGAGGCAGCUAACCGAUGGAUCUACGGUCAGAUUGCCAAUGGGGCAUUCUCCGAUCCGCCGGUUCCAUUAAGGAUGGCUUGCCAUAAAAGAGAAGGGAAGACCACGGGACCCGUAAGUCCAACCACAGAACAACAAAGAUCAAAUUAAUCAAAAUUUAUUUUUAGGGAGCGUUUGGUAUCAAGUAUUAAGCAGUAAUUAGUGAAGAUGAAAAUAAAAUAAACUGUUUAGUUUUUUAUAGUAUAAUGGAUCUAUUCCCUCAUAUUAGAAUCCCAAAUUUCCAUUCCAGGUUAAACUGUAAUCAUUUUCAUACUCAUUUUCAUUCAUUUGUCUGAACCAAACGCCUCUUUAGACUACUAUAAUGAAUGAAUGUCAA